ACAAACAAAUUAUAUUCUUUUCCUCUUCUUCAUUCCUAAUCUCACAUCUCCAACUGCAGCCACCUCAUACAAACAACCCCCAAAAAGCAAUAUAUUUUUCUUCAAAACAUACUUGCAAGAAUGCAUAUAUAGUUUCUUGGGAUUUUCUUGAGAGCUUGUGUUUUACUUGUUGUGUUUGCAGUUAUUGAGGUUGAUGCACAAGUGUGAUAGUGAUGGCAACAGCAACAAGUGAAGAAGAAGGUGUGAAAAGCAGAUGUGAAUUCAAGUGUAUGCAUCCACUCUAUUAUGUUCUUGUCUACCAAAAUGGCUUCUCCUCUGAGAUGAUAGAUCAUCGAACGAGCUUUGAUGAAGAAUGUCGAAAAAUUCAAUAUGGAGCAGAAUUCGCAACGAGUAGUAGAUGUCGAACUCCAGAAGAAGAUGUACACAUUAAUCAUCGAAUGGAGAGUAGUCACAAGGCAGCAACGGAGACUAGCCCAAGAACUUAUGAGUCGUGCUUGUGUCAGUCGGAUGAUCCAACGAGCUCUAACCACAAAUGCCCUGCUGCACAAGUUGGGGCAAAAUUCGGGUCCAAACCUUUCUCUAGUGCAUUGGAAGUUCUGAGCUCGGACAAGGACUUGCUCGUCAUGGAAUUGUUGUCCGAGUCAUACUGCCUGCCUCAGAAUUGCAUCAACAAUCUUCAAACUGAGAAACAAGCAGUAACUCUCAAGGCUGAGCUUCAAAAGAGACAGCAUUCAGGAAGAUACGCUUGUCAUUGCUCAUCACGGGAGGCUGGUGAUGGAUCGAGAGUAACGUCUCUCUCUGUCAGGGAGAUAAAGAGGAAGCUGAAGCACACCUUUGGAAGCAACAGAAAAAAAGAUUCAGACCAUUUGCUGGGCAAUAGACUUCCCCACGGAAGAUCAAUUUUCAGAUAUGGCUGCAUUUAUAGUGGAGUUGAAACUAGGAGUCGUUUGAAUUCGAACACUGAUGCAAAGGCAAAGGAAAAGGUGGUCAAGAAAGAAGCCCCCAUGAAGGUGCAAAAGGAGCCUGCUGUGGCCGGAGAGGCUGAAACUGCUCGCAAGAAAAUAGACGUCUCAAGAGAUGUAUUGUCUGAGAAACUUGGAGUGGAUGUUGCUGCAACAAGUAGGCUGCAAAAUCCAUGGAGGGUUAUGUCUUCACUAGAAAUGGAGUCUUGCUUUAGCCCAAGAAGGGAAAGCCUAUACUUUUCUGGCUCUGCUGAAAUGAUUUUGAUCAGUCCUUCCAGGGAGAGCAUUUAUCUGAGUCCAUGUGGUGACAUGACGGGUAGUUUGAGGGCAGAGACAAUCUCCUCUCUCGUCGAAGAAGAAGGGAUCACUCAAUCUCCAUACAUCAAGUUCAAUGAUAUGCCUAAUGUUGCAGGAACGGAUGACGAUAACCAAACAGAAGCAGCACAUGAUGCAGUGAUCAGCAAUGCAGAAAGACCUUCCAAGAUCAAGUUAAUGCAUUCCUUAAUGGAUUCAAUCUCAGAGAAUGAGACAUUCUCAAAUGUAGCAGAUGAUUUUCCAGCUAGUCCCACAUUAGACAUGAGUGACAACAACAAAUAUCAAGAAGAAUAUCAAAGCCCGGUUUCGGUCCUCGACCAGUUCUUCGCAGAAGACCCCAGCAGUCCAUCGAACAUGACGUUUCAAUCAGCUCGUGGAACCCUGAAACCGAGGCGCCUUCACUUUGAGGAGCACAAAUUAGCAUUUCCCUCACAAGUUAUACUAACGGAAUACGAUCCAUGCAAACACGAUCAAGACUACACGAUCUCCAACUAUGUGCGCUUGAUACUUGAAGCUUCGUCUCUAAACUGGGAUCAGCUCUCAGCAAUGAGGCUACUUUCCCAACAUCUGCUUCAUCCAUCCUUGUUAGAUCAAGCCCAGUUUCUGCAGUUCGAACCUCAUUUCGACACUAAGCUUCUCUUCGAUCACAUCAAUGAAGUCCUGCUCGAAACACAGCGAUCCCACUUUUUAUCACCAUAUUGGCCAGCAUUUGCAAAGCCAAGAAUCUGUUAUUUUCCACUGGAAGAAGCUGUAGUUGAUGAGAUCAAGAGAGAUGCUCAGUUCUAUCUGCUUCCUCAAACAGAGACAAGGACCUUAAACCAGAUUGUUGCCCAAGAUUUAUCGGGUCAUCAAUUGUGGCCCGAUGUUCGUCCCGAAAAAGAGGAGAUCAUCCUUCACAUAUCAGAAUAUAUUCUGGAGGAAUCAGUUCUUGAUGUAAUACUAGUGAGCUUAGCUCUUGAAUUAGAAGUAAAUUUGUAGUGCUUUAUUUCAGUAUGACCUUUAUCUCACAUGUAUAUUGCAAGUAAUUUCCUUAAGUAGAAAGGAAAUAUAAUGAAAAUUAACUGAUUCAUUAA